ACUUCGUUACGUAGAAAUUCGGGCUCGCGCAAGCUCCGUUUCCUUGGUAUCACUUUUUGAUUAAUAACCACAUUUUAGAGGAACAUGUCUGGAAGAGGUAAAACCGGUGGCAAAGCCCGAGCAAAGGCCAAGUCUCGCUCCUCCCGUGCCGGACUCCAGUUCCCGGUGGGUCGAGUCCACAGGCUACUGCGCAAGGGCAACUAUGCGGAGCGCGUCGGCGCCGGGGCCCCGGUGUAUUUGGCGGCCGUGCUGGAGUAUUUGACCGCUGAGAUCCUGGAGCUGGCAGGCAACGCGGCCAGGGAUAACAAGAAGACCAGGAUCAUCCCACGGCACCUCCAGCUGGCCGUGCGCAACGACGAGGAGCUCAACAAGCUGCUGGGAGGUGUGACCAUCGCCCAGGGAGGAGUGCUGCCCAACAUACAGGCUGUCCUCCUCCCCAAGAAGACGGAGAAACCGGCCAAGAGCAAAUAAAAGACUCUCCGCAGGCCCGGAUUCAGUCGGGACAAAGGGUUCACCUCGGAGCCGGCCACUUUUUCAUAUCAGUGUUCAUUUUUCUGGAUAAACAACCUUGCAAAUAGGGGGCAGUGUUUGGUGUUGCUGUUUCUACAUUGAAAACAUUCGCUCGCUUGUCAUUUAUUCAUACUAUUCGACUAUUCAUAGACUGCUCAGUCGCCACUGUUGUUCUUGGUUUCGAAAAUGGAGUCGCUUACUGAAGGCUGGGGAUGAUGAAGGCCGCGGAAAAAAACAUGUUCUGGACCAGUUUUGAUGGGAGGGGUUUUAGUUUUGCAAUGCUGCUACAAAACGUGCUAAAUUGUUGUAUUGUUUGUCAUGUUUCAAUAAAUGUCCUGCAGCCUUUUGGCACAGGGCGAAUACA